UGAAGCUCCCUGUAUCCCCCACCACCAGCUUGCCAGUCCACCUCCUCAGCUCACGUCGCGCAGAACAUGUCUUCCGUCCGGCCAGGCGACCACAAGGCAUACAUGCAGCUCGCCUUGGAGCACGCGCGGAAGUCGCCUCCGAAGCCGACCAACUAUCGCGUGGGAGCAGUUCUGGUGGACUUGGCCACAAACGAGAUUCUCGCGACCGGCUACACGCUCGAGCUUCCAGGGAACACGCAUGCGGAGCAAUGCUGCUUCAUGAAGCUUGCCGAGAAGCAUGGCGUCUCCGAAGAGAAUCUCAAGCAAGUUCUCCCGCCCGAACUGGCGCUCUACACUACCGUCGAGCCCUGCUCGAAGCGGCUGAGCGGGAAUCUGCCGUGCGUCGAGAGAGUGCUCCGCCUGGCCGGGUCCAUCCGGACUGUGUAUGUCGGCAUCAUGGAGCCCGAGACAUUCGUGGCCGAGAACACGGGGAGACUCAGCUUGGAAAAUGCGGGGAUCUCUGUCGUUCAUGUCGAGGGACUUGAGAAGGACAUCUUGGAGGUUGCGACUGCUGGCCACGUCAGGGGUUGACCAUGCGGUGAAACAAACUGCUGGCACCACGCCCGUCCGAUGCACCGGAGGCUUUGGGCGAGAGAGGUUGAUAGAAGAGAGCUGCGUCACUCCCCCCGCCAGCAGCUCCGGAUUGUAGUUGCGGCCACCCAAUUAGUUGGGCUUGAUUCCGGACUUCACGGACUUGCGUUGAGUCUGCUUCAGAUGUCACGCUGUGCAACCCCAAAUGUUGAAGGUUUGGGCUUCUCCAUCAAUCAUUCCCGACCAAGGACGCGCAGUACUGCCCGGCGGAUUUGAGUUUAUUUUCGAACCGGCAUGGAACGGCAUGGACGUGCCUUCCUCUUUUCCACAUCCGCUCGCGG